UGCCGGCCGCGGGGCGGCAUGUGGGGGAGCCGCCGCCGAGCCGCAGCCGGAGCUGGAGCCGGAGCCGUAGCGAGCCCGCCCCGGGGGGAGGGCGAGGGCGGCGAGCCAUGACGGGCGGCGGCGCGGCGUUCCGCCGUCGGUGCUAGAGGGCGACCGCGGGGCGCGGAGCCCGCCUGGCUCGCCGGCGCGGAGCGCGGAGGCAGCGCGGAGGGGCCGCCGCCGCCGCCGCCAUGGGCAACGCGGGGAGCGUGGACUCGCAGCAGACGGAGUUCAGGGCGCACAGCGUGCCCCUCAAGCUGCCCAUGCCCGAGCCCGGCGAGCUGGAGGAGCGCUUCGCCGUCGUCCUGAAUGCGAUGAACUUGCCGCCUGACAAAGCCCGGCUGCUGCGGCAGUAUGACAACGAGAAGAAGUGGGAGCUCAUCUGUGACCAGGAAAGAUUUCAAGUGAAGAAUCCUCCGCAUACAUACAUCCAGAAGUUGAAGGGCUAUCUGGACCCGGCUGUAACCAGGAAGAAAUUCAGAAGACGAGUCCAAGAGUCUACUCAAGUACUCCGAGAACUGGAAAUUUCUUUAAGAACAAAUCACAUCGGAUGGGUCAGGGAGUUCCUGAAUGAAGAAAACAAAGGCCUGGAUGUUCUGGUGGAGUACUUGUCCUUUGCACAGUAUGCAGUCACGUUUGACUUUGAAAGUUUGGAGAACAAUGUGGAAAACUCGAUGGACAAGUCCAAACCGUGGAGCCGAUCUAUUGAGGACCUGCACAGAGGCAGUAAUUUACCCUCGCCGGUUGGCAACAGCGUUUCCCGCUCCGGCAGACACUCGACUUUACGGUAUAACACCUUGCCAAGCCGAAGAACACUAAAAAAUUCCAGAUUAGUGAGUAAAAAGGAUGAUGUUCACGUCUGCAUCAUGUGUUUACGGGCCAUAAUGAAUUACCAGUACGGGUUCAAUAUGGUCAUGUCGCAUCCGCAUGCCGUGAAUGAAAUUGCACUAAGUUUGAACAACAAGAAUCCCAGGACAAAGGCCCUUGUCUUAGAACUUCUGGCAGCUGUGUGCCUCGUCAGAGGAGGGCAUGAAAUCAUUUUGUCUGCGUUCGAUAACUUUAAGGAGGUGUGUGGAGAGAAACAGCGCUUUGAGAAGCUGAUGGAGCACUUCCGAAAUGAAGACAACAAUAUAGACUUUAUGGUGGCCUGCAUGCAGUUCAUCAACAUCGUUGUCCACUCAGUGGAGGACAUGAACUUCAGGGUCCACCUGCAGUACGAAUUUACCAAGCUCGGCCUGGACGAGUACCUGGAUAAACUGAAACACACAGAGAGCGACAAACUGCAGGUGCAAAUUCAAGCUUACCUGGAUAACGUUUUCGAUGUGGGAGCUUUACUGGAGGAUGCCGAAACCAAGAAUGCAGCCCUGGAAAGAGUUGAAGAACUGGAAGAAAACAUUUCCCAUUUAUCAGAAAAACUCCAAGAUACGGAGAACGAAGCCAUGGCAAAGAUUGUGGAACUGGAAAAACAACUUAUGCAAAGAAACAAAGAACUGGAUGUGAUUCGGGAAAUCUACAAAGAUGCAAAUACCCAAGUCCACACCCUGAGAAAAAUGGUGAAAGAAAAAGAAGAAGCCAUCCAGCGACAGUCAACGCUGGAGAAAAAGAUCCAUGAACUGGAGAAGCAGGGAACCAUUAAGAUCCAGAAGAAAGGUGAUGGGGACAUCUCUAUUCUUCCUGUUGCUCUGGCCUCUGGGAUGGUGCCGGCAGGGUCAGAGGCUGCGGCUGGCACAUGUGUCGCACCGGUUGCUGGAGCCGCAUCUUCAGUACCAUUGCCACCACCUCCACCGCCAUUACCCGCCUUAGCUGUGGCAUCUGAGGCAGUGCAAAAUGGUCCUGUGUCAGUGUCAAUGCCGCCUCCGCCGCCGCCUCCACCACCGCCUCCACCUCCACCGCCGCCGCCUCCUCUCCCAGGUCCAGCUUUGGAGACGGCUCCUGCGGCUCCGCUGCCCCCACCACCUCCGCCGUCGGCACCCCCUCUGCCUGGGACAGCCUCUCCCACCGUGGUGUUCAACUCGGGGCUUGCAGCUGUGAAAAUCAAGAAGCCGAUCAAGACCAAGUUCCGCAUGCCGGUCUUCAACUGGGUCGCCCUCAAACCCAACCAGAUCAAUGGGACGGUCUUCAACGAAAUAGAUGACGAGAGGAUCCUGGAGGAUUUAAAUGUGGAUGAAUUUGAAGAAAUAUUCAAAACAAAAGCCCAAGGUCCAGCCAUUGAUCUUACUUCAAGCAAGCAAAAGAUAACUCAGAAAGGGUCAAACAAAGUCACAUUACUGGAUGCCAACAGGGCCAAAAAUCUUGCCAUUACUUUAAGAAAAGCUGGAAAGACGGCAGAUGAAAUAUGCAAAGCUAUUCACGUGUUUGACCUGAAAACGUUGCCGGUGGAUUUUGUUGAAUGCCUCAUGCGGUUCCUGCCCACUGAAAAUGAAGUGAAAGUUCUGCGGCUCUACGAGCGGGAAAGGAAACCCAUCGAGAACCUGUCUGACGAAGACCGGUUCAUGAUGCAGUUCAGCAAGAUUGAGAGGCUGAUGCAGAAGAUGACCAUCAUGGCGUUUAUAGGCAACUUUGCAGAAAGCAUCCAGAUGCUGACACCUCAACUUCAUGCAAUAAUAGCUGCAUCUGUCUCAAUAAAGUCAUCCCAAAAGCUCAAGAAAAUACUGGAGAUAAUCUUGGCUCUUGGAAACUACAUGAACAGCAGUAAGCGAGGGGCUGUAUAUGGAUUUAAACUACAGAGUUUAGACCUGCUCCUAGAAACAAAGUCAACAGACCGAAAGCAGACCCUGCUGCACUAUAUUUCAAACGUGGUCAAGGAGAAGUACCAGCACGUAUCCCUCUUUUACAACGAACUUCAUUACGUGGAAAAGGCUGCUGCAGUGUCUCUUGAAAAUGUCCUCUUGGAUGUGAAGGAGCUGCAGAGGGGCCUGGAUCUGACGAAGCGCGAGUACACCAUGCACGACCACAACACGAUGCUGAAGGAGUUCAUUCAGAACAACGAAGGGAAGCUAAAGAAACUGCAGGAUGACGCCAAAAUAGCCCAGGAUGCCUUCGAUGAUGCUGUGAAGUACUUUGGGGAGAAUCCCAAGACAACGCCCCCCUCAGUCUUUUUCCCAGUGUUUGUCCGGUUUGUGAAGGCCUACAAGCAAGCAGAAGAAGAGAACGAGUUGAGAAAAAAGCAGGAACAGGCCUUAAUGGAAAAACUUAUGGAGCAAGAAGCUUUGAUGGAGCAACAGGACCAAAAGUCUCCUUCACAUAAAACAAAGAGACAGCAGCAAGAGCUGAUUGCAGAGCUCCGACGGCGGCAAGUCAAGGAUAACAGGCAUGUGUACGAAGGGAAGGAUGGUGCUAUUGAAGAUAUUAUAACAGCCCUAAAGAAGAAUAAUAUCACUAAAUUUCCAAAUGUUCACUCGAGGAUCUUAGAAACCAGCCGUACCGACGGGCCGACGCGGUGAGGAGAAGCGUCCGGCGGCGCUUUGAUGAUCAGAACUUGCGCUCUGCAAACGGUGCUGAGAUAACCAUGUGAGCUGGAGACUGCAGGGGUCAAGGGAAGGGGGAGCUUGAGGGAUACCUUGUCCGUGUGAACUCUGUGUUCUGCCGCUCAUUGACAGCCUUGGGAACAGGACCAUUUACCUUCUGAAGGGCUCAGAGACCUAGAAAAACGCAUAGGAACGUCAGCGAUGGGCUCGCCACUCAACCAUAGCUAACAAGUGCCUAAAAUUGAAGUACCUGCUCAAAUUAAUCAAAGCAAUAGGACUUGAUUUGAUUGGGUAUCUUUUUACACCAAUACAUUAUCCAGUAUUUUUAACCAAAAUGUAAAAUAUGUGUUGUUUUUUUGGGUGUUUAGUUUGGUUUGCUUAUAUAAAAGUUUAGUGACUGGUCUCCUGCGGACCUGCCCUGCAUCCCGACUGGUUGUGAACAGGUAAUACCGGGACGUGCUCUGCUUGGAAACACAUUCCUGUGCUGUCCGCCGGGGGAGUUCCCUGGGCUUCAGCUGCACUUACUGGCUUUUCUUUGGGUUUUUUUGUUUCAAAAAGGAAGACAUUUAAGAGCUUUCCAUAUGUAAUAUGGAAAGAACCCCACGAAGAGACCCCCCCACCACCUUUUCCCACCACGCACAGACUCCACACCCCCGUAGCUAGGACGUGGUACCACGUACGUCAGCGACCAUGCGAUGCGUCGCAAGCGAACACGAGCCUCCACCUCGCGGUUGUGCUGUCUGUGGUGCGCAGGGCCGGGGGGGCGGGGUGCUGGGGACAACGCGUUGCAAAUGCACAAAACGAGAAGGGUGGCUAAGGCAUGUUGAUGUUCUUCAGCUGGAGGCAGCUUUUGAAUAACAGUGUAUUUAUUAAUUAGCACUAAGGUAUUAACAUCUCAAUAAUCAGUAUUAGGAUUCUGAGGACCACUGCAGUUCAGUUACUCGCGCGGAGAAUCAUCCCGUGCCCUGCUCUGGCGGAUCGACACCCCGCUCCAAGUUCCUUGGACAAUCCAGUUCGAGUUCCCUGCUCGGGACCAGGCGGUCAGCGAAGGGAAGCCCAGCCCGAGCGUCCCGCUAGGCAGAGGUCACACGCUGCGUGUCUAAAGCUCACGAAGGGGCACGAGAGCCACUGUGGCACCCGUGGGACCCCCGCUGCCAGUUUGCACCGGUGGCCCAGGGCAGCAGGACGAAGCCGGCAGGGUACGCGAUCUUCUCUGAAGAACUGGACCGAAGAGAAAUCUGUACUUUCUGAGAUACGUUUUGCUUACAGCUUACCUUUCCUGGUCUCGCUGCAUUGAUAUGUUAAUUGUAAAGUUUAUUGUAUAGUAUUUAACCACUGAAUUUCUUUUUCUUUUAUGUUGUGCUUAUGUGAACCACUGGUGAAGGUCCCUUUUUUUUUUUUUUCUUGGAUAAUGUGUAGUUAUAUGAUAAUCUGUUUUUAAAUGUACAGAUAUUUUGCUACAAAAUUGGUGCAGUUUUUUUAUGGUUUUUACACUUCUCUUUUAUUCCCACCUUAGCCUCUGGGUAAUAUUGUAAAUAUUGUUUAAAAAAAAUAAUACAUCAGCCUGUGCUAUACAAUCUGAAUGUUAUUUUAACUUAUAGUUUUUGUUUUUAUAUUUAACUAAAUGGACAGUUUGGGGCUCAACGUUACCACAUUGACCUCUGCUUACCUAUUUACAGGAAGUUUACUUUAGAAACUGCCACCUUCUUGCAUUUACAGCAACAUGUACUUGACAUGCUAAAGAGAACAUGCCAACUCGCCUUCCUUCACUGACAGUGACAGAGAGGUAGUUUAAUCUGCAUGAGAAGAUUUGACAAUUAAUUUAAUAAAUUCUUAGGCAAAUGGUUAAAAGCACUAGCACUCACAUUGUUAAGCUCAAAGGUAUUUUUUUUUAAUUGGAAACAAAAAUUACAGUACCACUAGAACAUAAUGCUGGCAUGUUCUCUUUAAUAUUUUUCUAGUAAUAGACCUGCUUCUUAGCAAUAUUAGAAGUGUUUUAUAAAAGCAGUUCAUGUUACUUUCCUGGUCUGUUCCUGGCAUAAGAUCAAAUAAACUAUUUACACUACUA